UUUCACAUACACCUCUGUUCGUGUCCGCUCUGACAGCAAUGGCUUCAGGAACAGCAUUGAUUUAUGAUGAGGAAAUGACCAGUCAUAAACUGCUUUGGAAUGAUCCAAUUUGUGAUAUUGAAGUACCAGAAAGACUGUCAUCCUCCUAUGAGCAGCUUGAACGUUACCAUCUUGUGGAAAGAUGUGUCCGUGUGCCUGCCAGAGAAGCAAGCGAGGAGGAGAUCCUGUUGGUUCACAGUUCUGAGCACUUGGAAGUUGCCAAAAGCACCCAGGCAAUGAAUGAAGAAGAACUGAAAAGUGUCUCUGGGAAUUAUGAUGCUUUUUUCUUUCAUCCGAGCACCUACCGCUGUGCCAAACUAGCAGUAGGAGCAAGUUUGCAACUGGUGGACUCUGUGAUGUCAGGAAAAGUGUGCAAUGGAAUGGCAUUAGUAAGACCUCCAGGUCACCACAGCCAGAGGAAUGCAGCAAACGGGUUCUGUUUAUUCAACAAUGUUGCUAUUGCAGCAAAAUAUGCAAAAAGAAAAUAUGGUUUACAGAGAAUCCUAAUUGUUGACUGGGAUGUGCACCAUGGGCAAGGAACUCAAUAUAUAUUUGAAGAGGAUCCAAGUAUUUUAUAUUUUUCCUGGCAUCGCUACGAACAUCAGGAAUUCUGGCCAUCGCUAAAGGAAUCCGAUUAUGAUUCUAUAGGUUUGGGAAGAGGAAAAGGGAGAAAUAUAAAUUUGCCUUGGAAUAAGGUUGGCAUGGGAAAUUCAGAUUAUCUUGCUGCUUUUUUUCAUGUCUUGCUUCCAGUGGCUUUUGAGUUUGAUCCUGAACUGGUUCUUGUGUCCUCCGGAUAUGAUUCAGGAAUUGGAGACCCCGAAGGUCAGAUGGAUGCCACUCCUGAUGUUUUUGCCCAUCUUACCCACUUCCUUAUGCAGCUAGCUAAUGGAAAGCUGUGUGUUAUUCUGGAGGGUGGUUACCACUUGAAGUCACUGGCUGAAUCAGUCUGCAUGACUGUGAAGACUUUGCUUGGAGAUCCUGUACCUCAGAUAACUGGAGAAAUGGCACCUUGCCUAAGUGCUAUUGAAUCUAUUCAAAAUGUGAGAGCAGCACAUAAGCCCUACUGGAAAUGUUUGAUGUAUGAAGAUGCAUCUUUUUUACAAAAUCUGAGCACUAAAUUACAGCUACUAGAGAAGGCUACUACAAAUCCCUCCGCAGAGCAUGAGUCUAAGAUAACCAGUAAAGAUGAAGUGGUCAAAGUAGAAAAAUUUUUGGAAGUGCACAUGAAAAAUAUUCUAUUUCCUGUGCCUCCCAUCAAAACAGCAGCAACAAUUGAAUCUAAAGCUUCAGCACAUUUGCUCCCACUCUCGGUUCGUGGGGUGAAAGAAAUGGACAAGAAUGAAGUUAAAGCUCUUGUCAGUGCCUUUUAUGGAGACCUUGUGAAACAGGAUGAAACUUUGCUUUCUCUUGGGAGUAUGUUGGCUGUCCUAGAUAAAAUACUUAUGAAGCAGGCAUGCAAUGGAAUUGCAGAAUCGCCUGCAGCUUCCGUGUCUGCUGCUGUUGCACUAAGACAUUCUGUUCGUUUUGGAUUUCAAAGAGUGCUCUGCAUAUUUGUUGGAGACAUGGAAAUCAUACCAAAUACAGAGGAUGGAAGAAUCCUCGUGAUACAUGUUUGUGAGAAACAAAAAUCUGAAAAGACCAACUCCAAACACUAUAUCUCCCUGAACUGGAAGGAGGGUGCUGAAGGCAAUGAUUUCUUUUCUGCUGUUUUUGGAUUCAUUCUUCCCGUAGCAUAUAGUUAUCAAGCCAAUUUAACAAUAAUAGCUGUUGGACCAAACAGGAGCCUUGGAACAAAUGGGAUUUCUUUGCUCUUUGGUUCACUGCGAGGACUGGCUGAGUCUCGAAUCCUUGCAGUGAUUGAGAACACAGACAUAAAUCUAAUGCCAACUGUAGCUAAAGCCUUAGCGGGUGAUUCUACGCCUGACUUUGGAGUCUAUGCACCGCCUAGCCAAGAAAAAGUACAUACAAUAAAAUUAUUAAGGGACCAGUUUCAGCAGGAAUGGAAAAUGCUUCAGUGUUCAGUGAAGAAUGAGAUUUCAGGAAAUUGACUUCACAAUCAUUUUACACGGCAGGAACAGAAAAUGUGUUGCUAUUUGGUUUGCUUUUUUAAUCAGUAAAAGGAUGGUUGAUCUGUAGCCAAAACAAGAGCCGUUAACUGUUGUUUCAUCUUUUUAAGAUAUGCAAAAUCCAUAUUUUCCUCUCUAUAUCUAAGGAAUUGUACAUGCAAAUUCUGUAUUGACACCAGUCAUGCAAGAAUGACUCUUGAAAGCCUGCUCCUGUGCCUUCAUUACUGCACACUGGGACCGAUGUUAUCUAUGACUGGUGAGGAUUGUAUAUACAGUAGCCUGACUACCUGCAAACAGAAGUAAUCUGGAAGACAGGAAUCCGAAAUGGGCAGUUAUAAUAUCCAAAUAUUUUUAAACUGUUCAUGCUUGCACUGCUGCCACUGCUACUCUUUGGCAGCAGAUCCUGCAGACUAAUGAUGAUCUUUUUUUCUGAUGUAAAGAAUUA